GGUCAGACGUUGUAGCGCGUGGUCGUGGAAUUUUCCGAGAAAAAUCAAAGGAAAAACAAAACAGUGCGAGGCAGCAGCAGCAGCAACAGCAACAACAACAACAACCACUAACUAGAGCAGAGGAAAUUUGACAGACUUUGAUGUGAACCGGAAGCGAGGGCAAACGCCACCGAAGGAAACAGGGCCAAACAAAAAAAAAAAAAGGGAAAAAAGGAGAGGAGCCAGGGCAAUAGUGUGCAAAUUGAUAUAGUCCGGAGCAGCAUGGAUGAGGAGCACGACGACGAUCGAAUAAUAUGAGAUUAGAUGGGGCUCUAGAGCCCCGGCCCCGUCAAGGAGCUGCCACGUUCAAGGGCCGCCAGCCCCUGAGGCGCGAGACCCGCGAACCAUGUGAGACGCAGCAGCAGCAGCAGCCAGCUGACGAAGACGACGAGGCCACAGACGCUGAGUGUUUGACCACCAACAGCAGAAGUAACAACAAUUGCCAAGCCAACUUGGUCUUCAAACCAGAGAGUAUAACACCAGUAACAGCCACGCCCAGAAAAACAACAACUGGAGGCAAAGGCAAAGGCAACGUGGUAGCCACCGCCACCGUGAAAACGCAUAACAGGCAAACCAUAUUAAUGGCGCCCAACGUGGGGCAUCAGCGGAAGAGCCUUGGCCUCCGACUUCCGAUGAAGCACGGCCGCAGGAUGAUGGGUGCGGGCUGGGAGCGCCUUAACGGCCUGGUCCUGUGCCUGAUUUCCGUUAUUGCCCUGCUGCCGCCGUUGACGCUCGGCGAUGAUGGCGAUAAUUUCUUUGCCGUGAAUGCCUUUAGCGCGGGUCCGGAGACGACAACGCCAGAGUUCGAUUAUGCCAGCCGCGGGCAAAAGAAGUUUGGCGACAAGUGCGAUAAUACCCUGGAAUGCGGCUUCCCCGGCUCCAUUUGCGAUCCCAAGAAGAAGUCCUGUCAGUGCACCGAGGAUCUGCCCGUCACCAAUCACAUUGACAAAUGUGGAAAAGAGGCCGCCGUGAACGAGUCCUGUUUCUUCAACGAGCAAUGCGAGAUGCGAUACUUCCAGACGGAGUGCCGGGAUGGGCGCUGCAUCUGCCGGUUCGAGAUGUCACCCAUUUGGGCCAAGGACGGAUCCGUGGAGUGCAAAGGGCGCCAGGACAAGAGGGGAACCGAGACCUACAUCGAUCCGGCCAUGAUUGGCGUGCUGGUAGGAAUGGCAUUGAUGUUUAUUAUUAUUUGUGUCGUCCUGCGAUUGUUUAGCCAAGCUCGCUGGCGUGAGAACCGGACCAUCUUCAAUACGCCGAAUCCUCGUCUGAUGAACGUCUCACUGCUGCGGGAUAGCAAACUGCUACACGGACAGGAGCGCCGAGGAUCCAGGAUGUCGGUGCGGGCCCCAUCCCGGCAGCCCAGCAUGGCCUCUUUGAGACCCCACUCCCCCAAUCCGUCGCUAGGUAAGACAGGAUCCCAUUCCGAAUCGCACGGCAGCAAUGCAUCGGCUGCCUCGGUGCGCUCCAAUCGCAGCAACUCGGUGGCUCCCGGCAAGGUUGUCCACCAUGAGCGCCACGGAUCCGCCCAUCGCCAGCACCACCCACAUGGCCACCAGCCGAAGGAGCAGCCACAGUCGCCGCAGGAUCAGUCGCUGAUCACCAACAUCACCACCAAUCCGGUGGCCGAGAGCGUAACCGUGGAGAUCAUCGAACCGGGACAGAAGUAAGCAGCAGCAGCAGCAGCAGGAUCGGGAUUAAAAGUAGAAAGCAAGAUGGUAUAGGCAAGAUUUACUGGCUAACUCUCUGACACACGAACACUGGACACGAAUUACAAAGAACAUAUAGUCACGAUAUAUGCACGCGAUAAUAAGGCGGGUCCGCUCCGAGAACGGGGCGUGGCCCCGGCAAACAACACACAUGAGGCCAUUGUUCGACUCUUUUUGACAAAGACAAUUUUUGCAAUUAAUGGAAAUUUUUUAACCAAACCAAUUAUAUACUUAUUAUAUAAAUACGGAGCAUAUUAAAAGAAAACCCACACAUACACCCAGAACAAUGCUAAAUGAAUUACUUACGUACGAUUACACCGUAAAAAAUAAUUGAAAAAAAACCUUGCAUAACAAAUUCAUACUACUCUUUUUUUCAACCAAAAAAAAAAAAAAACAAACAAACAAAGAAAAAGCAAAGGCAAAAAAGAAAAAAUGGAAAACUUUAUUAAUUUAAAUAACAUAUAUUGUAAUGCAGUUAUUUAACUAAGCUUUGGGUUAAAGGCUUUAAGGAUUAACGAUAAAAGAAAAAAAAGAAAAAACAGAAAAACACAGCGUAGAGGAAACCUAGAGCAUGAUCUCAAUCGUAGUGUUCUAUAGCCAGCCAUUGGAGGCACUGCAUCGUGGCCAAAGAUGCGAUUAAUUGGCAGAAACCAAAUGCAAACCGCUGAUACAACGCCUUAUCUAAACUUAUAUUGUAGAUCCAGUAAUUGCCGCUCUAGCUCCCACAUAUGGAUGUUAUUACCCAGAAACGAUGACAAACCAAGUUGAAGAAAUAUUUAACAACCUCGGGACCAUAUUUUAUAAUCAAAAUAUGCGUUUCAUUGCGAAGCACGCACGUUCACCUUAUUCUCGUUUUGGUAUUAGCCUUUCGUUAUCGAACAGAUGUAGGUUCGGAUGAUGGUAGGGGACGUACUGGAAAGGAGUACCUAUAUAUUUUUUAACAACUAGCUGAGCAAAGUUUAGGGAACACUCACAACAUGAUAUUAAGGAUAAUGAUUAUACAUAGCUCGCCAAGAGUCCAAAAUCUAAAUUGACUUCCAGUUGAAUGAUAUAGUUUGAAAUUUUUAAGUUUGACCUAUGCUGAUUUUUUAGUUUGACAGCCUUUACAAACUCACAACGCACAUUUCAGAUCGGGGCUGAGGAUUUUCGGGCUGUGUAUUGGGCUAGUCGGAAAUAGGGGAAGAUUACCGGGUCUGUCCAAUGCCUAGCUCGAACUUCGAUUGGACAACGGAUCUCCAGGUUAUAGCCAUAGUAGGAAUAGAAAACGAUAUUGAUAAGGUUCAGUUGUUGCCCCCAAAAACAGACGAUUCUCAUUUGCUUUUGUGCUCAAUCAAAGAAGCUUAACUGUGAGAAUACCAAAUGAAUACAAGAUACAAAUAAACGUAGAGCGAAAAAAUCUUAAAGUUGCUUGAGAACUUCUAGCUAAACCAAUACAAUUAGUAAUUAACAACAAGAAAAUGUCAAAAAAAAGAAAAUACUUAAAAAACAAAACGAAAACAAUUUUAUUAAAGCAUCGAAUUUUUCUUAAAACAAAAUGAGCAAACAAACAAUCUUAUUUCUAGGACAACCAAAUCUAGUUACUUAUUUACAUUCUAACGGGCAUUCGAAUAAAACAAUUUAGACUUUGGAAUUUGGGGAAGAAUUUCAAGGUUUAACUUUGUUUUUAGGCAAACGCAAAACACUUACAUCUAAGCACCAAAGAUUUAGAAUAUAUAUAUAUAUAUAUUAAAAGUAAUUAUAAAAGAGAAUACAAAUAAAUGGAUCACUGAUUUUUCUAUUUACAUCAAAUAUUGUUGAAGGCAGACUUUAAGCGAAUUUUAAAUAAGCUAAACCAAUGAUGGGCAUAUGAAGAGAAUAUUUUAAAACCAAUUAUAUACAUACAUGAAUAUGCUUUAUUUACUUUAAUAUUUACAUUAUACACAACAACAACAUACAACUAUUAUAUGAACUUGUAUUAAAGUUUCGUGACAAACUGCUACCAAACCGAAUGCGAUAAAUUCAUUUACACUCUACCGAAAAAGAAAACAACAACAAUUUUAUAUACGAAGCGAAUUCUUGUAAUGCUAAUAUUAUACAUCUAGAAUCAAAUGCCAUUAUCGCACAUCUAAACUAAAAACCAAAAAACUAAAGUAAUGAAGAGACAAACGUAAAUCUUUAAGCCUAGAAGAGAAACAACUUAUAGAGUUUAACAUUUCGAUUUUUCAUGUGACUUGUAACUACAAAGAAACAAAAACAAAAACCAAAACGGAUACUAGAAAGGAUCGUAGUUAUAGAGAGCGAAUCAAAGCCAGACAGUACGAGUAGCAAAAUAUAGACGAUGGUAAUGUAAUCUUAACCUAAAAGAUAAAUUGCUUUUUCAAAUUCAAGAAGGCAAAUCGAAGGCGAUCGAGUUGAAACAACUAAGUACGAGUAUAUUAUGAAGUACAUAUAAAGUAUAUACAUAUAUAACUAUAUUUAAAGAUCAGUUCACUAUAAUAAAGUCUAUAUUACCAUACCUAACAGAACAAAA